AUGACUCGUCUUUCUUUAUGUUUUUGCUUUUUUUGGGCGCUUAACACAGAGCAAUUUUUAAUGAGGCCGUCUGCGCAGAUUGACUGGAUGUGGAUAGGCGAUUCGUUAUUCCCACUUAAUUCUCUUGACUUCAUUGUGACUGUUACUGAUAUUUCUUUCUUUCUCUCUUUCUUUCUGUCAGUCUCUUUCUUUCUCUUUUUCUAUCUACCUUUUCUUUCUUUCCCAUAUUUUUCUAACUUUAUCUUCUUCCUGUCUUCACACAUUUUGGCACUUGUCUUAUUUUGCAUUUCUUUUCCUUCCCUCCUCCCUUCUUUCCUUAAUUUAUUUAUAACUCAUAUUUUGUUUUUCUUUCUUUCUUUCUUUAUACCAUAUUCUACCUUUACUUUUCCUUUUUUUUUCUUUCUUUCUUUACACAUUAUUUUAAUAUUUUCUUUCUUUACCCCAUAUUUUACUUUUACUUACUUUCUUUCUUUAUAUUUUAAAUUUUCUUUCUUUCAUUUUUCUAUUUCUCUUUAUACCAUAUUUUAUUAUUUUCUUUCUCCACACUAA